GUUAACUUUAAAAUGAACUUUAAGUUGAUAUAAAUACAUAUGUUAAUUAAAUGUGCGUGAUAACAAAUAGAACAAAUGUCAACAAUCAACUAAUAAGUGUUUUAUUGAAACUAAAGUGUUAAGGUUGUCUCUAUGAAAAACUGCAUUGUGCAUAAAAAGAGUAAUUGACUGUCGACAGUGAAACCAUUACAUAGAAAUAUCAGUCUUUGCCACUUUGUGUUGCAUAAUCUAAAUCAGUGUCAGGGAAUAAUUCAAACUUUUUCAGAUUUCCUAAAUCUCAGUUGGCCUUCAUAGCUGAACCCGGUGUUACACCAACACUCUCUAAAACUAGCUGCUAUUUACUGGUGGACACAAAUACAGUUUAGUGAUAUUAUUUUCACAAAAUAUAAACAGCAAUAUGUCCAUUUCAGCUGUGAAACGUUAUCCCUUGAGAUCUCGCGGCAUUAGGAGGGACGGCCGCUCCAACAGACGAACCAGAACCGGAACUGGUAUCGGAACCGCCUGGCUGACCCGACCCUGCCUGAUGGAAUGUGACCAAUGCUGUUUCAAUAAUCUGGGUUCAUUUGCUCAUCAUAACAUGAAGUUAGAAAACUAAAUAUUUAUCCUGCUGGCUCAUUUGUCUCCUGGUUCAGAUGAUGGUUUGGAUUUUAUUUAGAGGUGUCAGACUGAAAAUUGAAAAUGGUAUUUAUGUGUUCCAGAUGAAAUAAACUAAACUAAAGAGGAAAAGUGUUGAGAGGUGUGAAUAUUCCUGCCAGGUUUUGUAUUUGAUCCUUUUGGAAACAUAAUUCACAGGGGAUUAAAUUUUGCUCAGGAUCAUUUUGUUUUAUAGCUGAGGUCAGCAGGUCACCGAAAGACAAAAUGAGUUACAGCUCAUCCUUCGUUGUGCAACGGCGUGGGAGCAGCGGAAGUGUGUCCAGUUAAUUCAUAAGCAGGGGAUGAAUCAUUGAUGCUGUGACUCAGCAUGGGGCGAUGGUUCUGGUUCUGACCCGGCUCCUUCCAGAGAAACAUUAAUAUAGACUAGAACCUCUUACAUUCAUUUCAGGCACUAAUGAAUUAAUCUCAUUUCAUGCAAAAAAGUCCUAAAAAAACAAAUAAAUGCUAUAAAAUGUUUAUUUUUCAAUUAAUAAAUGCAGAUAUACUGGCAGCAGGAGGGGGCAGCUGCAGCACCAGGUGGCAGCUGCAGCACCUGGAGGCAGCUGCAGCACCAGGAGGCAGCUGCAGCAGCAGGGUCAGCCGCAGCAGCAGCAGGGGCAGCUGCAGCAGGGGCAGCGAGGCUCUGAGGUAUUUUGGUAAAUGAGUUAGCCGGUUUAUUGACCCUCUGUUUAAAUAAGCCUGUUGGACUUUCUCCUCCACCAGAAGCUGCUCUCUCACAUCCCGAACAUUUGAGCUUUUGGAGAGGAACCAUGCAGCUGGCUUCCCUCGCGCUCUUCCUGAUUGUGUUGCAUGUUUGCGGCCGAGCGGAGAGCAGAGCGAGGCUGCGGCGGCCGCAGGCGGGCGGCGCGGAGGCCGCGGCUCCCGCCGGUCCGGGUCGCCUCCGCCUGGAUCUGAGAACAAACGCUCCUCACCUGGUCGUUCUGCCGGGAGCUGCAGCACCCGGCAGCUGGGUGCUGAUCUUUGACUUGAGACAGAGACGCUUCCUCUGUGUGGACAUAAAGGGACAACUCUUCAAGUCUAGACAGAAGGACAGAGGACACUGCCUCUUCCAACAUAUUUGGUUCAGGCCGGGUGAGCGCCAUGAUCUGUUUUCCUCUGUGAGCAGGAGCUGGUUGGUCAAACUGGGGGUUGGCAGGCCAGGAGCGGUCCGCGGUGGGCCACCAGACGGCCAGUUAGUGAAGAGGCAGAGGAGGAGCGAGGAGGUGAACCCGUCCGAUCCUCUGAGGACAGAGUCCCAUCCGUCUCCUCCGGUGAAGGAUGUGGAGCCGAACCAGGCGGGGGCCGUUUCCAAGGAAACCAUCACUUCCUGUGACGACCCGCUGCGGGUGCUGAGGCCUAACGGACACGGCAGUCCAGUCAAGACGAACAUCGCAGAGCGAGCAGAGCAGGAGUGACGUCAGGUUCUCAGGAAGCAACAGGAAGAAAGUCUGACGCCGCAGAGCAACAGGCAACACGCAGAGACCAAGUGGGACCGGCUUCCUGUCCGCGGCUUCCUGCCCUCGGCUUCCUGCCCGCGGCUUCCUGCCCUCGGCUUCCUGCCCGCGGCUUCCUGCCCGCGGCUUCCUGCCCGCGGCUUCCUGCCCGCGGCUUCCUGCCCGCGGCUUCCUGCCCUCGGCUUCCUGCCCGCGGCUUCCUGCCCUCGGCUUCCUGCCCGCGGCUUCCUGCCCGCGGCUUCCUGCCCGCGCUUCCUGCCCGCGGCUUCCUGCCCGCGGCUUCCUGCCCGCGGCGCCGGCCCACUGCGCUCCGAUCAGACACUAUCUGAGGUUUCAUCUGAUCACUGCGGCUUCAGCGCCUCUGUUUGAACAGCAAAUGAGGGAGAAGCUGCGCCUGCUGACCUUUAACCUCUUUUGUCUGUUAAAUUUUAAUCUUUGGGCCAGAUGAUGCAACCCUUUCUUCACAUAUGUUCAGAAACUUUCUUUCAAAAAUAUUCUCACUAAAAAAGAGACAUGAAUGAUAGAACAGGAAAGAGAAAUGAUCCGGUGCUGGACACCAAGUCUCAGCAAUGAAGAUAUUUAUUUAUUGAGAUCUGUAACAUAACUUCUUUUAUUGUGUACUGUUUUUUAUUUAUAUAUUUCUGAUAGAAAAUAAAAAGUAGAAAAAAAUGCAUGAAACCAAAAACGUUCUUUAGCUUCUUCAAUCUGACCAGGAUCGCUGCGGGAGUUUCACCUUUUCCACGCCUCCAGACUCCGUCCACAACUGCAAAUAUUUUAGUUGCGUUGCUCCUGAAAAGUUGCAGAUAGUGCAGUUUACUGAAUGUAUUCAACCCCUUGAAUGUUUUACCCUUUUAUUGCUUUUACAAAUCAAUCAUAAUCAACUCAUUUAAGCUUUUGUGACAAAAAAUGUUCACAAAAAAAUUCUUUAACGUGAACAGAUGUUCCUUUCCAGUCCUUUAUGGUCUAUUUAAAGCUGACUUCCUGGUUCUUAUAGGUCCUCAGAUUCCUCGUUGACCUCUGACCCCAGGUUCAUCUGAGAGCAGCUCGUUUUGGUGCCUCUCUUUAAAUCCAAAUGAGGUCGUUCAGACCCCGCCCCCUGCUGUUCGGCCAUUGUUGUAGUUUGAUAGCAGAGAUGUGAUCACCUGACGGUGCAGAAACGUUUGUGACCAGCAGGAGACUCGUCCAUCCAGCCUGACAUGUCAACGCCAACGAACACGCCUGGAAACCUCAGCAUGGUUAGCAGGCUAGCUAACGCUAGCGCCAAGAAGUUCUGAAUUCAUCUGGAUCAUGUGUUCCCCAGCACCAAAACUAUCCCAGCUGUUUAGCUAAGAACUUUUCAAAUCUCGGCGUGAGGUUCUGUUCUCUAGCUAACAGCUAGCACACAGUGCUAACAUUAGCAGGAGGCUAAAAACAAGGUUAUCAACAGAACUAAUGCAUGUCUGUGGUAGUUUGUUGCCAUGUCAGCGUUAGUAGCAGCUUAGCAUUUCGCUGUGAUGGUCGCACAGACAGGAGGAACCAAGUCUUGAUGCUAACGGAGGUCUCUGAAGCUUUGGUCCUUGAGGAGCUUCAUGCUAAGAAAGUUUGAUGUGGAAAUAUUUCCCAUGCAAACAAAUGUAACCAGACUGUGAUGAGCUGUGUGUGUUAACACACCCAGCAACACUCAGUCUGACUGCAGCAUCAGCCUUCAAUAUCACUGUGAGAAAUAAAAAUGGUGGAUUCCUGAACCUGAUUAGCUGAAGGUCCAUGACCUUGUUUAGUUCUACAGCAAAUACUGUGAUGUAAUAGUUAAAAAAAGUUACAGGUGAUGGAGAAAAGUGAACAAACCAAAGAUAAAUACUCUGUGCUGCACAGAGAGAAACCUUUCUGCUGUGCUAGAGACUCCCAGGCUGAGUGGGUCACUGGGAGGUCACCAGUUAGCUGGACCUCUGAUGAAUGAGGUCAGCCACCAACAGUUGACCAAAUCACUGAUUUCAUUUGAAAUAUUUUACUUGUAAUUUUGUGAAAAUCGGUUUUCACUUUGGAAAACAAUGUAAAUUCAACCUUUUAGUGUCAAAGGAAGGAGAAAAAAACAAAUCCUGCUGUUCAUGAUUGAUCUGUAAAAGUACUGGAGGAAGUGAAUAAGUUUUAUACUGAAAACUGGGAAAAUCAAACCUGUGAUGUUAUUUGGUAAAAAUAGAUUCAAGCAAACAACAUCUACUCUCCACAGAUCUGGACCAGAUCUGUUCACAAACCCUAAACCAGCUCCGACAACUUCAUUUCCAGCACUUGAUAGCUUUUGAUGUUUCUUUGUAUGGGAUGAUUAAUAUUUUACUGUAUUCAUCGUCUUUAUUAAAUUUUUCUGAACGUUUUCCACCUCAUCUGUAAUGAUGCAUUUCAGGGUAAUUAAACACUCAGCUUGUUAUGUA